AUUCAUCGCAACGAUGAAUGUUUGUUCAUGGCGGCCAUGUGAGAAAGUGUUUACAAAUAAAAGUAACAUUUAGAUCUAGGUCUUAGAUCUCUAGUCAUCAAAACUCUGCGGAUUAUAUUGACAAUAAAUUGAUAAUAUUGAAACCUUUUCGCCAAACCAGUCACAACCAACAUGGAAAUAGACAUCCAAGAUGAGAUUAACAAAGACGACAUUGUUUUCUACUCAGUUUUAUACUCUACAGUUACAUUGGCUUUUGCUAUUGCAGUGGUGUCGAAGUUUUUUACAAACGAAUUCAGAUUUGGAUUUCGCUCUUUCUUAACCCUUAUAAUUUUAUUUUUGGGAGAACCACUAUGUCAGUUCCUUGUAAAAGGCCCACAAGGAUUGUUACUAUUUUCAGUUGGGUGUUUGAUCAUCUAUUCAAUCUUACCUGCUAACAACCUUCCAGCUGAUAAAAAAAGUGUUCUCAUAACAGGCUGCGACAGUGGAUUUGGAAAUGCACUUGCCUUGAAGUUAGACAGUUUGGGAAUGCAAGUGUUUGCUGGAUGCCUUGAUGAGCAAGGUGCUGGAGCCAAAGACUUAAAAAGCAAAUGUUCCGAUAGAUUAAAACUCUUACGUUUAGAUGUAACCAAACCAAAGGACAUUGAAGCAGCUGCCAGUCUGAUCAAAAGCACUGUUGGGGAUGAGGGUUUGUGGGGCCUAGUAAACAAUGCUGGUGUCUGGUACUUUGCUGACCUGGAAAUAACUUCAGACCAAAUUUUGCAGAAGGUAAUGGACGUCAAUCUGUUUGGUGCCAUUCGUCUGACCAAAGCUGUGCUGCCAUUGAUCAAGCAAGCUCAUGGAAGAAUUAUCAAUGUUUCCAGUUUAUUAGGAAGAAUCUCUUUGGAAGGUAAUGGCGCCUACAGUAUGUCCAAACAUGCCCUUGUGGCCUUCAGCAACACACUAAGGCUUGAGAUGAAGAAGUGGGAAGUGGAUGUGUCCAUAGUAGAACCAAUAGCUUACUAUACAGGAAAUAUGCAAGGAGCUGCUUUAAUGGAAAGGAAAGAGGAAUUGUGGGAUUCUUUAAAUGAGGAAACCAAAAAGAUCUAUAACAAGGCAUAUCUGGAUGAUGCUUACUCUCACUUGGACUCAUCAUUUCAAAAAUAUUCGAAGGAUCUCACGCCAGUUAUCCGAUGCAUGCGAAGUGCUCUGCUUUCCAAGCGACCAAAAGAACGCUAUCCUUGCGACACCGGGGCCGAGAUACUUUUCUUUCUUUGCCCUCUAUUGCCUGUCUGGCUCGCAGACUGUCUUUCAAACAGUAUCUGUGUUCUCCCCAGACGCCUUCGCCUCAAUGCCUACUGCGAAGGAAAGUGAGAGCUGCACAAUAUUAUUUCCCCUGAUCGCCUAGAGUUCUCUUUCCUAGAGGAGCGUGAUGAAAUGUGUUCAGUGUGUAUUGCAUAAUAAGUAUUACCAAUGUCAUUUGUUUUGAAAGCGUGAUCUUUGGUUACACUGAGUUAACUUGUGUGUGGUGUACAAAAGAUCAGAUGUAUUUAAAUUCUUUAUCACAUUUACUCUAUUUAUAAUUUUUUUUUAUUAUUCACUAUUUGCUGCAGGAACAAAGACAUUUAGUAUUUCUAUAUUUAUAUCUCUCAGCUAAUUGAAUGCAUUGCUUAUUAUUGUGUUGUUUUUUUUUGUUCAGAAACAUUCCCUUCCUUUGAGCAUUAGUAACCCUACUUGGGCCUGAAGUAGGUCCAACGGUGAACGCUAGAAUAAAUGCCACUACGUGAAUUCUAAGUCUAAAACUAAAACAUUUUUCCUGUGUGUCUUUUCAAACUGAUUGAAUUCAACACUGAUGCUCAAAAUGUGACAUUUAAUGAAUGGAUACUAAUUCUUGUUGUCUAAGGCUUUCGGGAUGAGAAAAGUUGUGUGAGCUUUCUUGUUCAUUUUGUCUUUUUAAUGUUGAAAAAGAUAGUUGUUUUGUGUGUGUUUUGUUGAUAAUCUUUUUUUUGUUUUUGAAAUUAUUGUCAAUGUUUUUGCUAUAAGAUUAUCUCAAGAGGACACACUUGAUGCUAAGGGGUUAUCUCUGUACAGAAAACUAUUAUUUAUUUGAGAAAAUCAAAGUGUAUUAGAUAGGCCAUAGACAUAUUUUAUUAUGCACUAGGGGUUGUAACUGUCAUUAAUCAAGUUUGUCUCAUGCCAAAAUAUUGACACAUAAUGAACAGCUAUUAUAAAUGAGCUAGGUGAUGGAGAAUGAACCAGAUCAUGGUGAAUGAAUUAGACCAUAGUAAAUGAACUAAACCCUGUUUUGUUUUUAGAACUUCCUACACAAGUUUAGAACCCCUGAACUGAGUUCUUAAAUUAUUUUAAAUAAUGUAAUGAAAUCAUUUAGUGACUUCAUUCAGCAGUCCUGUAUCAUUGUGAUGUGAAUGAACUUGUUAUCUCUUUGACCUAAUGGCCUAAAUAACAAAAUAACAAUGUGGUGUGUAUUUUUUUCUUUUUCUUAAGGUUUCAUUGAGCAAGUCUGUACAAUUUAUUUUAUAUGCUCAGUGCAUUCUGAAGCAUACAAAAAAGUUCUGAACUAAAUACUUCACCAGCCUACUUGACUCUAAUUAUCAUGACUGUCACAAAGUUCACCAAAACUACUGGACUCUUAGUGAAGCAUGACUGUCACAAAGUUCACCAAAACUACUGGACUCUUAGUGAAGCAUGACUGUCACAAACAUUUCUUAAUGAGCUCUAUGAUGGCUUAGAACACUGACCUAUAAAUUCAGCUAAAAACUUUUAAAAUCCAGAACAAAACUGAAUAUUUUGUCUUUCCCCCCCCCCCCCCUCCCCAAUUUAAAGAACUCAAAUUUGACUGAUAUGUGUGUUGCUAUUGUCUGUAAACUGUCAUGUUCAAUUUCAAUCACUUCAUACGUUUAGACUAUCGACUUCAACCCUGUGCAAUAUAUUUUAAUUUAUUUGAAGUUUUGUUUUGUAGUUGGAAUUAUAUACAUACAAAAGCAUUUGAGUUGUUGUUGACAGUAGAAAAAUUAAAAUUCUAGUAAUUUGUUUACAGUAAUUUCAAUUAUUAGUUUCAAGUUUUCUGUUUGAUCAACACAAUGUUCUCUUAAUUGACUGGACCGAGAGUCUGAUGAAGUGGAUGCAGUUGUGGUGGUUAAAUAAAGAGUGAGGCAUUUUUGAAGAGGCUUAAAGUUCCCUUGGUACCUGGACAUUAUCUAUGGUCUGUAUAUAGAUUACAAUUCUACUUCAAUGAAAUGACUUUCAGCACAUCUCAGAUGAAUGCAUUGGAGCACCAUAACUGGUUUCUCUCGAAUGCACUGGAGCAGUUUAUUGAGUCAUGAAGCACAUAUGUCUAGACUCUAAAAUGAUGUGAAUUUUAGUUCAUUUAUUGAUGGGCAUUCUUGUAUUUAUACAUUGCAUUUAUUAGCUUAAUUCUAGGAUAGUUUAUCUAACAAUUUCGUUGAAUGUUAUAUACAAGUCUUUUUUUUUUGUUUUGUCUGUAAAUAUAUAAUGUUUAAAAUUGCAUCAAAAACGUUAAAUUUAUAAAGUAUUUUGAAUUUCAUAAAGCUAAUGCUUCUUUAAGUUGGCAUUGCUAGUAUGUGCAUUAAGAAAUGAGCAUUGCCAACUGUUGAAAUAAAAUAUUGUCGUCAAUUCAAAGUGCUUUAAAAAAAAUGUCCUUUUUUUUUGGUUGUAACAUUCAUUGAAAGCUUGCAACUUGAAUGUUACAUUUGAAAUGUCAACUUGUAAUGUUGUGAUCAAUAAAAAUUCUUUCAUCAAGA